UUCCUUGGGAAUAUUGUUGUGUACUUUUCUUGCAAUGUCUUUUCAUGGCUUUGGUAUCAGUGCAAUGCUGGCCUGAUGGAAUAAAGUAAGAAGUGUUUCCCAUUUGAUUUUUUUUUUUGGAAGACACUGACAAAGAUUGAUGUUAAUUCUUCUAAUUCUGUGUGGUUCUUGUGUACCUUAACCAUGACUACUCCACUGGAAAGCCUACUUUCACAGUGGAAAGCCUACAAUCACAAACUGUAAUUCUGCUAGGAGAAAGAAUCUCUUUGACUUAUGGUGUAGCCUGUCCUCUGCUUUCUAAAAAGUGUGCUUCAGCUACAAGAAUACACAGUAGUACCACAAUAAUGGAGAACUCUCUCUGUCUCUUUCCCUAGCCACAUGUGUGUGUAUGUGUGUGUAUAGAUCAAAGAGAACUUAUCAAUGUAGUACACACCCGUUAAGUAUUUACAGCAACCUGAAGCUGUCUUAUGCAAUAGAAAAUGCAGAAUUUAGACCAACUGGAGACCUAGAGUAAGGGAAGGGAGAAAGAGAAUUAUGGAGAAAUGAGUUAUGUUCCAUUUGCUUACAUUACAUAAAAUGUAUCCUGUUGUAGACAGACAUCAUAUAUAACAUAUAUAACUGUAGUGUCCAGUGCCUUAGAAUGUUUCCACAGAUACAGGAGUUUUUGAGUUCUUCUCUUAUUUACAUACAACUCCUACUCCUGUUGUGUUACCUGCUCUGCUCACAACGUUCUCUUUGAUGUUGCCUGAUGAUUUGUGGUGAGUUCUUGACUCAAGGUCUUUGCAUAUGCAAUUUGUCUGCCUUAACUGGUUUUCUCAAAGUUAUACACAUGGGUCACAUAUCCCUUGGUUUUCCAGCUCAGAAGCCCCUGAUUAGACAUGAUACAAUGACAGGUUUCCCUUCUACUUAGAACUCCUUUGUCCUGAAUUAUUUUCCUUAUUAGUUGUAACCACCAUUUGAAACAUCAUUGAUUCAUUUAUUUAUAUUAUACUCCUCCCUCUGACACACACACACACACACACACACACACACACACACACACCCCUAAUACUAAGUCUUGUUAAGUUCAAACACACAUCACUACUUUUUGCAAUGCUUUCAACCAAACUUGUCACAAGGUAUUUUGUUAAAUUUUGUUGGGUGAAUAAAAAAGUCUCAGGAAAUUUAUGGAGGAGAACAUUGUUUUGAAUUAUGUUUUUUUAUUUGGAUCAAGAACUGCUAACAGUUUCAGCCUCACAGAAAACAUGGAGCAUUUGAGAGUCCCUGAAAUUUUCUGGUACGUAUUCUAGGUUGGUAGAGAAUGUGUAAGAAUUAAUGAGUGCAUCAUGUUGAAAACACAGCAUUUCUUUUCAUUCUUUGAUCACUGCUGAUGCCUUUACAAGGAUCUUGUCUGUUCCAGCUGUUUUCAUCAGUUACAUGGAAGGAAGAAAUCAAACUCAUGUUACAGAAUUUAUCCUCCUGGGACUCUCAGACCAGGGGGAACAGCAGUCUCUGCUCUUUUGGCCGUUCCUGUCCAUGUACCUGGUCACCUUCACUGGGAACCUACUCAUGAUCCUGGCCAUUAUCACGGACUCUCGCCUCCACAUGCCCAUGUACUUCUUCCUCUCCAACCUGUCCUUUUCAGACAUCUGUUUCACCUCUGCCACCAUCCCAAAGAUGCUGCUGAACAUCCAGACACAGAGCAGAGCGAUCUCCUACGAAGGGUGCCUCAGUCAGAUGUACUUUUUCAUGCUUUUUGGAGGAUUAGACCACUUUCUCUUGACAGUGAUGGCCUAUGACCGGUUCGUGGCCAUCUGUCACCCAUUGCACUACAUGGUCAUCAUGAACCCCAAGUUCUGUGGCAUCCUGCUCCUGGGAUCCUGGAUACUGAGUGUUCUUGCCUCUCUAUUACUUGACUUACUGAUUUUGCGACUCUCUUUUUGCACAAAGCUGGAAAUCCUUCACUUUUUCUGUGAACUUAAGCAGGUGAUCCAACUUGCUUGCUCCGAUAGGUUCCUCAAUGACCUGGCAGUGUAUUUGGCCUGGGGGUGCAUCUGAGUUCUGCUGCUGCACAAAACUCCAGGGCAAGUGCCAUAGCCUCAGUCAUGUACACGGUGGUGACGCCCAUGUUGAACCCCUUCAUCUAUGGUCUGAGGAACAGAGACAUCAAGCAAGCCCUGGGAAAACUCUUUAGC